CAUCUUCGACGUCGCCGAGGAUGAUGAGAUUGAGCUGGGAAAUGACUUGGAUACCGUCAAAAUGUAAGCACAUGAAAUCGUACUCUCGUAUUAGUAUUACUAUAAAAGGUGAGGGUGUCAAAUGAUAACAGGAAUUCCGGUAAGCGGUUUUGAAAUCUGCAACCGGUUGUGGAUUUUGGAAAAACGAUAGUCUAAUCGAUCCUUUAUUAUAAUUUUUUAAAAUAUUCCUUAAAAAAAAAUUCAAACUUUUACACAUAAUUAUUAAGUUAAAAAUAUUAAAUAAGAGUAAAGUUAAAUGUAUAAAAUAAGAACUCUCUUCGCGGAACUAACCAAACUGAACUUUAGAAAAAUAGACGACUGCUCUUUCGAAUAAAAUAUGCGCUUGUCUUGCAGGUGUGUAUUCUGCUUCAGAGAUCAAACAGUGGCGUAGAAAAUGGGUGGUCCGCCCCGGGUGGCACUUUUUGCUGUAUACCGAGGGGAGGGGCGGCUUUUCGGGUCAAGUGCGGAGGGUUUUUCGUGGAAGAGGGUAGACAAGAAAUCUUAGCCCGCCCCGGUCGGCAUUCACGUUUGCCACAAUUACGAAUGUUCACAAGUGCAGAUCGCAUUGACAAAUGAUGUAAAAAAAAAACUUUAUCAAUAUGAGGUUGUUUUUUUUUUUUUUGAAUGUUUUAAAAAAAAGUAUACCCGCUACCUUGGAUCCUGUAUAAUAAGCCGCAGUCUAACUUUUUUUCUGUGGAACAUUUGAGAAUGCUUUGUACAAAACGAUAAUCAGAUUCUUAAAACCAAAUUUCCACCCCACCUUAAAAAAAUAAAAUCCAUAAUUUAACAUCAUUAAGGGAGUAAAAAUCUUAAGUUACGCUGGUCAAGAGCAUCCGGCUCAGUACCGCUUCUGCAGAUUGUUUGUCAGGUUACGCUACGUGAUGCAGCCAGAUGUUUUUUAAGUUUGGUGUCAAAGAUGCGUGUAUAGCUUCUUGUACCGGUAGUAGAAUACUAUUCCGUUCAUUAACAGACUCUACGGUUGUCUUGUUGGGAGACACAUAUCUUUCUUGCACAUCUAUUGCGUUUCAAUCUGGGGCGUAUACGAGUGAUAGAUAAUAAGUGUUUGCUGGCAAUUAUUAUUAUUAUUUUUUUGGCUUCACUCUUAUGUGGCCUGCAACGUAGAUUUAAGCCUUAAAAACUGUCUCGUUGGUUUUGUUUUAUUAUUCAUAGAAUCUAGAUACCGGUAUUUAAUUAGAAAUAUUCGCUGGCUGUCAAAAUCCUGGAAUCGUGUUGACAGCUACUUGACUACUUGGACUAGCUAUUCCACCAUGCUUGAGAACACAUAAUUGUUAAGAAUCUCGUCAUUGUAAUUGUAAGGUGGGAGGAAGAGAUAAACUGGUGAAGACAAAGGCGUACAUACUUUGACUAAAUGCCACCCAGGGCACACUCCCAAAACUGUGCCCCCCUCCCCUACACACAUUGUGACACUCUUGGUAUGUAUAAAAUAAAUGCCAUAAUUGCUGCCGAAGGGUGGAUAGACUUAUUCGCUUUCUCCUACAUACGCCAUUGGUAAUGGAAUAAAUUUAGCCAUAACUUUAAGUAAAUACAACAUACAGAAUAGCAUACAAUUCCUAGAUCAUAAUAUUACAGAAUAGCAUACAAUUCCUAGAUCAUAAUAUUACAGAAUAGCAUACAAUUCCUAGAUCAUAAUAUUACAGAAUAGCAUACAAUUCCUAGAUCAUAAUAUUACAGAAUAGCAUACAAUUCCUAGAUCAUAAUAUUACAGAAUAGCAUACAAUUCCUAGAUCAUAAUAUUACAGAAAAGCAUACAAUUCCUAGAUCAUAAUAUUACAGAAAAGCAUACAAUUCCUAGAUCAUAAUAUUACAUGGAUAUGGUGGCCUUUUCUUUUCUUUUAGGCCAUUGCCACCAGAUGUCAUCGUGGCACGUGCGGAAAGCUUGGUGGACGACACCAUCGAAUACCAUGCACUCUACAAGAAUUGUGAGCACUUUGCCAGAUGGUGCCGCUAUGGUGAGGAGAUAAGUGUCCAGGUAAUAGGCCCGAAUGAUACGUGGUGUGUGCUGGUGUAAAAUAAGAAAUGGUGCGCAAACAUGAACAUUUUAAUUUUAAUCCUGUCAUUCAUAAUUAAGAGAGACGCACUGCGGUGAAAACAAGUUCCAUUGUUAUUUUCCCGAUUUAAAAAAAAAAUAAUAAUUAAGUUUACUGGCGCUACAGUAAAUGUCAAUUUUAUUUGAUUCUAUUUCUAUUUCAAAUAAACAAGUCCAGAAAAAUAGUCGCUGGCCUGACCCUUGGACCAAUGCUUGGAGGAUUUCUGAUCGGGGGCCCAGUAGGUGCCACAGUGGCUGG